CGUUGUCGGCCUCAAACACUGAGAAGCUAUCACCAAACUCCGACCCUAGCCCACCCUAGCCACCCUAGCCACCCUAGCCACCCUAGCCACCCUAGCCUACCCUAGCCCACGCUAGCCCACGCUAGCCAUGAACCGCCUCCUCUCGGCGCUCAAAUCCACGCCGGGGCUCCUGCGCGGUGGCGCCACCAGUGCGCCGCCCAGCGACGCACCGCCAGCGCCGCCGUUUCCGCCCAUGGACCUGAAACUCUUGCACAGUUGCAUCGCGUCCCCCCGAGAAAACUACACGGUCGCGCACGCCGUGAUGCACCCGGGCAUGGAGACACUCCCGCACUUCCACACGCAGCACGCCAAGACCCUGACUUUUGUCCGAGGCAGGGCGCUCAGCGUGUCAGUCGCUCCAAACGCGACCUCGCGCGACCCAGCUGAGAUGGUGGCUUAUGAGCUGCGCGCUGCCGGGGACAAGAUCGCGGUGCCGGCGGGGACGUUGCAUACCUUCAAGCUGGCCGAGAAUGCCAGCGACGACAAUGGCGCGGAGGUCGAGGCGGGCUGCGAGCUGGAGUUGCGUUUCGACCCGGGGGCGCCCGACCUGGAGCGCCUGGUGGUCAUCGUGCAGCGGCUGAAGGUCGAGGACACGAGCGGGGAAACCCUGUCGGCCGUCGUUUCCGAAACCGCGGCCAAGGCCAAGGUCAAGGUGGACCUGGAAACUAUGCACCUCGUGCCGUUGGGCGUUUAUGUCCGUCUUGGCGACAUCAGCAACGUGGGCGAUCUGGCCAAGGUGAUCGCCGGACUCAACAAGAAGAGAGGCGCCUUGGUACGCGGUGUGGCCGAGGAACUUGUGGCACGGUAUGCGACCGAUGGCCAGGUCGAGAAGGCCGUUGUGCUAGCGGCGUCCGGGGCGUGAGCGUUCUGCUGGUUAGUGGGUUGAGAUAUGGUCCUCUGUAUUCAGCAGUGAGACCACCCCUGCUGGCGUUAUCUGCGUUAUCCGUUAGAACAGCACCUAGUUGGUUGCAAGUGAAUCUGGAGUGAUUAGUAACCGGCCACGUUAGAACAGCACCCGGUUGGUUGCAAGUGAAUCUGAAGUGAUUAGUAACCCGCCAGCCCCAACUCUGCCCCUUGCCCCGCAGGCCCUUGCACUUUGCGCUGCACGAUUAGAAAAGCGGCCAGGAGGCAACCAGUCCAACAUGACGGGGAGAGACUCGGAGGCAGCAGUUGAUGCUCUACAUGUCAACCUGUAUUUUUGCCCUGCGUGUGGAAA